AUGGACCGGACUCUUUGCUGAGGUCAAGGUCAAGUUCGUGGCCUUCUCGAGACAUCGGAGGCGUCUAAUACAGCCGCGCUACUUGGCGAAACCCGCAGUUCUACCCAGCAUCAACCCUUAACAAAAGGCGGUUAUGCUCGGCCAUUUGUAGAGUGACGUCGGUUCAAGGUCGCUCGAUACUUAGAAGGGCGAACGGGAUAUCCCAUCAGGGUCCCAGCAUGCGCUGGCUGUUUGAGACAAGGGCAACAGGAUGCGGGAAAGGCCGUAACGCCGCAUCCCGGAUUCCCCACACUGUUGAACUUGCCCGGACAGACCCGACCUCCGAUGGCGCCGCGGCAACCCGACUUCGGAGGACGGGAUCAUGCGCACGACCGGCCGCAACUUGUCUCCGCAAAGGGCCCGUGACGCGCUGCAACAAGCCUACAAUACGUAGUAACAGCUAUCGGCAAAACUUUCACCAUGACACUCAUCCUUACACCAAAAGGCUCCGUCCUUUUUCCCACACCUCCGCCUCGCACGCCGACUUCACCCACGCCGUGAUAGGCGGCGGCGUAGUCGGCCUCGCCAUCGCGCAGCAACUAGCCCGGCGCUCUUCCUCCCCUUCCACCCUCCUCUUGGAGCGUCACUCCGCCGUCGGCACCGAGACCUCCUCGCGCAAUAGCGAAGUCAUCCACGCCGGUAUCUACUACGGCGCAGGCACUCUCAAGACGGAGCUUUGCAUCCGGGGAAAGAAUCUGCUGUACGAGCUCUGUGAGAAGCACGCGGUCCCCCACAAGCGCGUGGGCAAAUGGAUCGUCGCGCAGAAUCAGGCCCAACGCGAGGCGCUGCAGCGCAUCCAUGACUUCUGCGUCAACGAAAUCAACGUGCCUGUGCGCUGGGUGUCGCGUGAGGAAGCGCAACGUCGUGAGCCGGCGGUGCGCGCCGAAGCUGGGAUCUUGGAGUCUCCGACGACGGGCAUUGUGGAUUCCCACUCGCUGAUGGUCUGUCUCCAGGGCCGCUUCGAAGAAGCAGGCGGGACGGUGGCGCUCGCCAGCGCCGUCACGGCCAUUCGGCCCCUUGGCGAUGCCAAUGCCAACGGAAAGGAGGGCUGGGAACUCACAGUCCGCGACACCACCACCGGCGAAUCAUCCACCAUUACCACCUCAACGAUCAUCAACUCCGCCGGCCUCGGCGCCGUCGACAUCCACAACAUGAUUGUCCCGCCCUCACAACACAAGCAAAUGUUCUACGCAAAAGGAAACUACUUCUCCUACCCCCCUCCUCUCCCAAAGAUCAAGUUCGGCCCGGAUGUGGAAUGGGUCGAUUCCCCCGACGAUUUGGCUGUAAACUCGGCGAGGUUGCCGGAGGCGAUCGAAGCAGUUAAGAAGUACCUGCCGGACUUGGAUGAUACCCAGUUGCAGCCAGAUUAUGCUGGCAUCAGGCCGAAGCUGGGGAAGGCGGGGGCGGUGGCGCAGGGGAAGGGAUUUGUAGACUUUGUGAUUAGGAGGGAAGAGGGGUAUGAGGGGUGGGUGAACUUGUUGAAUAUUGAGAGUCCGGGGUUGACGAGCUCGUUGGCUAUUGCGGAGAAGGUGGAGGGGUUGUUGUACGGGUGAGUUGGGGGAGUUGGGUAAGUGAGUUCAACAGUGUUAUGUGACGGUGAGGAAGUGAGGACGAACCAGGCGUCCAUCUCUCCUCAUUGGAUCCACGACAGUAUCAUCUCGCCGCUUGGAUUACGUGGGCUCUUCUGACAAUGUGUCUUGCUUUCCUUCCAAUUCGCCGAGGUCUCUUAUUUUCAAAGUACAUAUACUUUUUCGACAUCCCAAUUAUCAUAUUAUCGUGAAUCCUUCAGCAUAAACAUCUCACGAAGUUUUCAGCUACAUUCAACCUCAUGGAUGCAUGGCUGCGUAUGUAACAUACCCCGCGAGCGAGCUUGUCCACUACACUACAUGCUUCCUGAUUACUCAAUUUUCAACGGGGAUGUUCUCCUUCUUGCAUAAAUCAGGCAGAACAGCGAACCAGAUAAAUCGAC